AGAGCAAUGGUAGCCAUCUGACAUUUCUUUUGUGAAUGCAUUAUGCUGGAUGCAGAGAUGGAGUUAGCUAGUGGUAUUCAUUUAGAGGAAUCCGUAAAGGAUUUGGAGCUUUAGCAUCCCUAACACUUCUCCAGCGACCGACUGAAAAUGCAGUUUGGUCCUCAUAGCCACUCCUCCUUGUAAAAGCACACUGCAUUAUCCCAUCCUCCCAACUCUAAGAGGGGCAUUGCAAGGAAGGUCAUUUUACAUUUAAGGAGAUCCAGCAUCAUGUAGUUAGUGUGGAAGAAUCCGAUAUUUGCUCAUUUCAUCUCAUACUGAUCAUCACAUCUGAAAAACAAAACAAAAAUAGAAUUAGAAGACCCAACGUAACAGCAUGUAUGCAGCACAUAUAUAAACCUGCAGACCCACACCACCCAUCUUGGGAAUAAGGAGCCGGAGCUGGACACAAUGAACACCAUCUGUAUCCUUCAUCCUCAAGGUUCAGACCACUGAAUGGACCAGACGACCUUUGUUGUACAUCCAUCAUCAACCACUUCACUGACUGCUCCAGGAUCUUUAUAAAGGUCUGACCAAAUGGGAAUAUUCAUAUAGAGUACGAUAAUACUAUCAAGAAGAUGGCAAGGCUUCGAAGAAAGGCAUGCAUUGCACUUUUCCUAUUCAUGCUUUUCAUAUUUGGAACAAUGAUGGGCUUGCGAACUUUGAAACCCACUGAUGGCUUUUCUGACCUUGCACCUGGUCUAGAACUAAUGCCUUUUGGCGAACAGUCUGAAAGACGCUCUGUUUCUAAUGAAGUUAUUUCUCAACCACAAGGUACCGCAAAUGCAGUAGACCAAACAAAAGUCUACUAUGAUCUGCAUGUUUUCUACUACAUGUGGUAUGGAAACCCGAAGUUUGAUAAUAAUUAUAUCCACUGGGAUCACGUAAUGGUUCCUCACUGGGAUCCUAAAAUAUCGGCCAGUUAUCCUAAAGGUAGGCACAGCCCUCCAGAAGACAUUGGUUCUAGCUUCUACCCUGAAUUAGGACCAUACAGUUCCAAAGACCCAGAGGUCCUAGAAGAACAUAUGCGACAGCUCAGAGCCGCUGCUAUAGGAGUAUUGGUACUGUCUUGGUAUCCACCUGGAACAGCAGAUGAAAAUGGCGAGUCAGUGGAAAACCUGGUGCCUCUGGUUCUGGAAGCUGCCCACAGAUACAACAUAAAGGUAGCAUUUCACAUUCAGCCUUAUAAAGGACGUGAUGAUCGUACACUUCAUGAUAACAUUAAAUACAUAAUUGACAAUUUUGGAUCCCAUGCAGCGUUUUACAGAUAUAAAACAAGUACCAGCAAAAGCCUUCCACUUUUCUACAUUUAUGAUUCCUAUCUGACACCACCUGAGUCCUGGGCGAACUUGCUCACUGUGACUGGUUCCCAUUCACUUCGCAACACUGCCUAUGAUGCGGUCUUCAUUGGCUUGUUGGUAGAGGAAGGACAUAAGCAUGAUAUCCUAACAGCUGGUUUUGAUGGCAUUUACACAUACUUCGCCUCCAAUGGAUUCUCUUUUGGUUCAUCGCAUCAGAACUGGAAAACAAUCAAAAGUUUUUGUGACACCAACAAUCUUAUGUUUAUUCCAAGUGUUGGACCUGGGUACAUAGACACCAGCAUCAGACCGUGGAACAACCACAACACCAGGAAUAGAGUCAAUGGAAAGUAUUAUGAGACUGCUCUACAGGCUGCUCUCACUGUUCGUCCAGAAAUAGUGUCUAUCACGUCCUUCAAUGAGUGGCAUGAAGGAACCCAAAUUGAGAAAGCUGUGCCAAAGAAAACAGCAACUCGUCUCUAUCUAGACUACCUGCCAAACCAGUCAGAUCUCUACCUUGUUCUUACAAGGAAAUGGGCAGAACAUUUUAACAAGGAGAAAGAGCAGUGGCUUAUGUGAGCCCACAGAAUGGAAAAUGUCAUCAGAACUAAAGGAGCUAAAGCAUCUCAACUGUACCUGUUUGAAGUAUCGGGUAUGCUCCAGAAAAGAUGCUGAGGUACAAUGUACCAAAGAUGACCAAAAUUUUCUUUUGCCAAUGCUGGUUGGCAGCAAUGCUGCUUUGCUUUUUCUUCUCAUUAGGGCAUUUUGUUCUCAUCACAGGGUAAAAUAGUGCCUGAAAGUUUUUAGAGAGAACCUGUCAUCUUUUACAAACCUUGCGUACAUAGUGCCUAGCGUCUAAGUUUCCCCCCACCCAAUAACAAGGGCUACCAAAAGUCCUAGGGCCAGAUCCACAAAGAAGUUACGUUGGCGUAUCUAUUUAUACGCCGCGUAACUUCUAGGAUGCUCCGGCG